AUGGAGGCCAUCAAACAGAAGAUGCAGAUGCUGAAACUGGACAAGGAGAACGCCAUCGACCGUGCCGAACAGGACCUCGCAGGUGCUGCCAUCCCCUCUGACCCUCACCCUCCAUCCCUUCUCCAGCUGGAGGAGGAACAGCAGGGCCUGCAGAAGAAGCUGAAGGGCACAGAGGAUGAGGUGGAGAAGUACUCCGAGUCUGUCAAGGAGGCCCAGGAGAAGCUGGAGCAGGCGGAGAAGAAAGCUACAGGUGCUGAGGCUGAAGUGGCUUUUCUGAACCGCCGUAUCCAGCUGGUGGAAGAGGAGCUGGACCGAGCCCAGGAGCGCCUGGCCACUGCCCUGCAGAAGCUGGAGGAGGCUGAGAAGGCGGCUGAUGAGAGUGAGAGAGGCAUGAAGGUCAUUGAAAACAGGGCCAUGAAGGACGAGGAGAAGAUGGAGCUCCAGGAAGUGCAGCUGAAGGAGGCAAAACACAUAGCAGAGGAGGCUGACCGCAAAUAUGAGGAGGUUGCCCGCAAACUGGUUGUCCUUGAGGGAGAGCUGGAGCGCUCGGAGGAGAGGGCAGAGGUGGCGGAGAGUAAAUGUGUUGACCUAGAGGAGGAGCUGAAAAUUGUCACCAACAACUUGAAGUCCCUGGAGGCCCAGGCUGAAAAGUAUUCCACCAAGGAGGACAAGUAUGAGGAGGAAAUCAAGCUUCUGGGAGAAAAAUUGAAGGAGGCUGAGACCCGGGCAGAGUUUGCGGAGCAGUCUGUGGCGAAGCUGGAGAAAACCAUUGAUGAUCUAGAAGAGAGUCUGGCCAGUGCCAAAGAAGAGAAUGUGGACAUCCACCAGGUCCUGGACCAGACCUUGUUGGAGUUGAACAACCUCUGAACUGCCCUGGGGAGCUCCCAUCUCUCUCCCCUACCCUGCACAUGCACCCCAUUGGCAUACUCAGGAUAUCAUCAGUUGAACUAUGUCUUGGCCAAAUCCACACAUCCACUGAGAAGGGAAGCUCUACAGCCUUACACCAUGGCUCAGGGGUGUCUUGUCUGUACACAGCCUGACUGGCUCUGUCCUGUCUUCGUGUCCAAAUAUUAAAGCAGUUUGACAAGA